AUGAGUACCCUCAGUUGGAACUGUCGUGGCUUGGGCAAUCCACGAACAGUUCAACAAAUAGUGGACUGGGUGUCUGGUAAGAAGCCAGAAUUUGUAUUUCUAAUGGAGACGAAGGUGGGACGAAGUCAUGCAGAGAGACUUCGUGUUAAGCUUGGUUAUGAGGGGUUAUUCUAUGUAGACAAUACGGGAUUGAGUGGAGGUUUGGCUUUGCUAUGGCGCAAGAAUAAUAUGGCAAGGUUACUAAGUUACUCAAAGAAUUAUGUAGAUGUUGAAGUUACUAUGCCAGGGAUCGCUCCGUGGCGAAUGACAGGAUAUUAUGGCUUUCUUGAGCGUAAUAGACGGCUUGAGGCCUGGAACUUAUUACGAACCUUGGCGAACCAGUCACAACUGCCAUGGGUCGUGAUAGGUGAUAUCAACGAUUUGCUGUUCCAAAGUGAGAAGCGAGGGGGGAAUCCCCACCCAAAUGGUCUCCUACGCAGUUUUGGGGAAACCAUAGAUGAUUGUAGCCUGGCGCAGAUGCCCAUGCAGGGUUAUCUGUUCACGUGGAAGAAAGGGGAGGGGACAAAGGACUGGUUGGAAGAGAGGCUGGACAAGGUGCUAGUUACUGAAGCCUGGCGGAGUUUGAAUGCACAGGCCAGUGUGUUAAACUUGUUGACACGCAGGUCUGAUCACUCAGCGUUGUUUCUGGGGAUUCGAGAUGAUAUAAGGGGUAGGGGACGGAGAACAAAUAGUUUCAGGUUUGAAAUAUCUUGGCUACAUGAUGAGGGGUGUAGGGGAGUGGUGGAGGAAGCAUGGGAGGAGGGGAGAAAUAUGGGAAUGCAGGACUGUCUACAGUUAUGUGGGAAAAGACUCGCUAGCUGGGGAGGGGACCGGUUCCAUAAGUUUGGGAAACAAAUUAAGCAGCUGCGGAAAGAACAAGAUUAUUUGAGAGGAAGGCGGGAUUCGGCUUCAUUGGUCGAGUUUCGUCGUCUGGAGGCCGAAUUGUGUAGACUGGAGGCAAUGGAUGACUCAUUCUGGAGGCAAAGGGCGAAGCAGCACUGGCUGCAAGGGGCGGAUGCGAACACCAGAUUCUUUCACAGUUCGUUUCCGGAAGGUUUGAAUAGUACAAAUGUCGUUCUUAUCCCAAAGAAGAAACUGCCAGAAUAUGUAACUGAUCUAAGGCCAAUUGUGUUAAGUAAUGUGGUUUACAGGAUAGCUAGGCUGAUAGCGGAUAAUAUACUAAUAGCUGCGGAAGUAGGCCAUUACUUGAAUAGAAAGCAAUGUGGUAAGGUGGGAUGGGGGGCCCUAAAGCUGGAUACGGCUAAGGCUUAUGAUAGGAUGAAAUGGGUGUUUUUGCGAAAGAUGUUAACAGCUAUGGGGUUUAAUGUCAGGUGGAUUGAUUUGAUAAUGUAUUGUGUCACUACGGUCUCAUAUGAAUUCUUGAUUAAUGGUCUCCCGUCAGGCCAAGUUAUUCCUACCAGAGCAAAUAUUGAUGAGGCUGGGGAGGUGAAGCGGUGUCGGAUGGAAUAUGAAGCAUUAUCUGGCCAUGCAGUAAAUUAUCACAAGUCCAGUGUGUGUUUCAGUAAGAAUACUACGGAGGAGUGUAGGGACCAGGUGGCGCAGCUUUUAGGUGUCCCUAAUCAAAUAGCUGCACUCAACAUGACUUAG